AUGUUUCAGUCGUUCGCGUUAAUAUUCGCGAUUCUAUCGCCGUUCGUUCGGAACAGCGACGGUGUUCUUCUGUUUCCCGCAAAAUCGGUAUUCCAGUUCACGACCGGCAUAUCGGUUCCGGUUUCCAUGAACAAAAGAGGCAGCGUGGUUUUCUCGGCCGCAUUCCAAUUCAAUUAUAAACUUCCGUCGAACUUGUCGGAGCUCGAGCCUACGAUAAUGCCAGCCAGGCAGUCGAGGGAUCUCAGUCUGCGGGACACCUACGAGACCAUCGAAAAUUUAUUCGACCGGUAUGGCUGGCAGGACGGCAGAAAGUGUCUUUUAAGGACCAUUUGCGAGCUCGCCGAGACACCAUUUGGCAGGACACGCCAGGACGUCCUCGAGGAGGUGAUUCACUUAAUUUUAACGCCGACAGAGGACUUGCCAGAAACGACUAAUUCCACUCACCAGAGCGUCGACCAAUUGUAUCAGGAAGCGGAGCUAUUGGGAAGAUCUGGCGGUGACUGCAUCCUGGCCUAUCCCGAUUGCAUCGAUUCACCCUUGGAAACGUUUACGGAAAUCUUGUUCCCUUAGGGGACACGCCGCAUUUAAAUGUCCACUUCGAAUCCACUCGCUUCGUCUGA